AUGCGUCCUUCGAUCAUUUCUCUCUUUUUGGCGGCUGGCGCCACUGCCCUCCCCCGCCGACCUUGCAAGCGGCCCGGACAGGGACAAAACCUCUCGGCAUUUUCCGCGCACCGUGGUGAGGUCGACGUCCCGGAGGUAGAGGUCACUCGCGCCCGCCCGUCGGUCUCCAAAGGGGCCCGUCCCCAAACAUCUCCCGAGGUGUCCAUCCCAAAGACAUCUCCGUCGCAGACUCCCGCCACGAACGAUGAGCCCGAGUCUGAUGUCAGCGCUCCGGCACCCUCCGCUCCCGUUGCGACUGUCCCCGAGGAAUCCACCUCUGAGGAGUCCGCUCCUGCGGCACCCGUCGAAGCCCCUGCCUCGGGAGGCACUAGCUCCGUCUCUGGCCUGCCCUCGUCCUGGAAGCCUGGUGCUAAGUGGCAGAUCGUCAUCGAUGACCCCGUUGACAUCACGAAGCCGCUUAACCCUCCUGAUGCGCAAGUCUGGGUUGUCGACUACUUCCACUCUGUCGAGAACCCUGACAUUAUCCCCAAGUUGAAAUCCCCUUCGGCUGGCGUUGACAACACGGUCAUCUGCUAUAUCAAUCUCGGCGCCAUUCAGGAGUCCGAAUCCGACUACCCCAGCUUCCCCAAGGAUGCCAUAGGCAACGACUACGACGGCUAUCCGGAGUGGUGGAUCGACACCAGCCGAUCCGACGUCAUCGACUUCAUGAAGAAGCGCUUGGCCAAGGCCGCCGAAGUUGGCUGCGACGGUAUCGACGGCGACAACAUUGACGGAUGGGACUCCGGCAGUGCAGGCGACAAGACCGGCUUCGCCCUCACCAAAGCCGAAUCCAUCAACUACAUCCGCACCCUCGCCACCUACGCCCACAGCCUCAAGACCCAGCGCGGCCUCCCCCUCCUCUUCGGCCAGAAGAACUCCCAGCAGCUCAUCCCCGACGUCGCCGACUACGUCGACUUCGCCGUCCUCGAGGAUUGCCAGGGCUCCGGCGACUGGUGCGGCGAGUUCCAGGGUUUCAUCACCGGCGCGGCUCGCUCCGACGGCGCGAAGCUUCCCGUCUUCGAUAUCGAGUAUCCCGAUUCCGGCGUCGAUGGCGAUGCCUCGAUUGCUCAGAGUGAUUGGGAUCAUUAUUGCAACAGGGAUCCCGCCGUCGUUGGCAAUGCCGGGUUCAGCACCAUCAUUAAGAGGACUUCGGGUGAGCUGGACGGGUGGGUGCAGUACUGUGAGGACAGCGCCAGCGCUGGCGUUUAUACCACCAACAUGAUUCAGUGGAAUUAG